AUGAAGCUUUUUAAAGUCCCAGCAGGCCUCUUUCUGCUUGUCCAAACCCUUCACCUGGCAGCACUUCAGGACUCCACCGACUCUCCAGGACGCACGAUUGAUAAAAGCUGGCUCCGCAAGCCCCUCAAAGCUGAAGUGGAAAAUAAUCUUUCUGCUGAGACGGGAGAAUUUAACACUGACGACAUCAGCGGGACGCCUUCUGGAUUUAUGUUAGGAAACACCGAUGAGGAGAAUCUGCUGAAUGGAGAUCUCAGUGGAAACCAAACAUCUGAUGAUCUGAGCGCAUUCCCUUCAGCGAUGUCUCCAAUAUCCGAAAAUACAACAACAACUGAGCAGUUUGGAUCAAUUGAAGACAAAACCAACACGACCACAGGAUCCACAGACCUGAGCCAAACCAACGUGACGGAAGUUGAGGAGGAAUUUAACUCGACGACAACCACAGAAAACUCCACCGGUGGAGGGGAUCUCUUCAAUAAAACCGAAACUCAGCCGACCACCUUAGCUCCAGAGGGCAGAUCAACAGGAGAAACCACAACCCCGGAGGCCAAAGGAGAGCUAGCAAACAGCACAGAAACCGCUAACACAACGGCCAAUAUGACCACGUUUCAUGAAAACCAGCAGAAACUCCGGAUCCCGGAUCCUUUCUCCUGA